CUAUUUACCGUUGGCUCAUGUGGCUUUCAGUUAGUGGGUGCAGUGAAAUGUCGGUGUUUAACUCUGGUUUGACCUUGAACAUUUUUCAACUAGGAGGAUGAUAAAUGUCAGAAUAUCCUUCAUUAACUUGCUUUGGUUGCAUCAAAUAUUUUCUGUGGAUUACAGCGAAUGCAAUGAUGAGACUGUUUGGCAAUCAUCAAACCCAAGCAUCAGGCUCGGUGACAGGCAAAGUCUGGUGGUGAGCUGGGUGGUAAACCACAGUGUCUCAGCGGGAGAAGUUUAUGAGAUCCAGAUUGGGCGCACUGAAAAGCACACCAUUGUUUAUAAUACAAACGUGACCGUAUCCUCUGAAGAUUUACAUGAAUACACAUGGACAUGGAUCUCUGAUCUGCCUCUGGAGUGUGUUGAUCACUCAGUCAGGAUACGACAUUUUUAUAAUCAGUCCACCCCGAGUCCUUGGAGCAACUGGACAACCAACAACGGGGUCAAGGCAAAGGACAAGACCAAGAUAUAUCCCUCUGACCAAGUGCUGAGGGAGGGUAGCAACCCUAAGUUCUGCUGUGUUCCCCCAGUAGGAGUCAAUAUCACGGGCAUGGCCUUCGGGAAGAAGCCAUACCCGCUUGAGAGUGUCGGAGAUGGAGUCAAGGCUAUUACUGUAAAAAACCUGACUAUCCCAAAGGGUCUCUUGAAAUUUGUAUUAAUCAGUUGCAGUGACACAACAGGCAGACAAGACACCCUGAACUAUGUCAGUUUUCCUCCCCAGAAGCCUGUAAACCUCAGCUGUGCGACUUCAGACAUGACAACUGUCACCUGCACCUGGGAUGUAGUCAGAAAACGAGACUCUCGCAACCCUCAAACACAAACUCUGCACAUAUGGAACUCAGGCCAGGCUCCCAUAAGCUGCAAGCAAUCAUCUUGUACUUUCCCAGCUGUGCCACAGCUGCAGGAAUACAACAUCAGUGUGGUGGUGAAGGACAAACUGGGAGAGGAGGCAGAGAGCUACAGCUUCAACAUCUCUGACAGAGUGAUUCCUAUAGUGGAGUGGGACAGAGUGAGCCCUGGGGUGACAAAUGUUACCUUGUCCUGGAUCAUACAGGGUAACUUGACUCAAAUGAAACCCCUCUGUCAGGUCUCUGCAGUCUCAGAUGACACCACCGAGCUGAACUGCAAUGAUGUGAGUGGUCUCUGUGAAGUCAAACUGGAACAUCUGCUUCCCAACACCGACUACUUCACUAGGGUACGCUGCUCUAUCAAUGGGAGACUCUGGGGAGAAUGGACACGACUCAUACCCUUCACAACUGAUCCACUGGUGACUUUGGAUUUAUGGAGGAGAAUACAGCCGCUGCUUCACUCAAGUCAAGUUACUCUAUUGUGGAAUCCACACAUUGUUGGAAGAGCAACAGCAGUAAACAUCCAAGGUUACAAAGUUCAGUGGUCACAAAAGGGUGACAUCUGGACAGAUUUUAAGGACGGUGGACAGAGCCAGGCAGAGAUCUUCAUCGCACCAGGAAAGUGUGACUUCACUGUUCAGGCUGUUCUUCACACCGGCUCCUCUAUCCCUGCCCACAUCACUGUCCCACCAGUGGACUCUACAGAAAAACUCCCCGUACAGAAGCGGUUGAGCAGCACCACAGAUGGCAGCUUCAAUCUGACAUGGGAUCAGCAGAGCACUGUCACCUGUAGCUACACUGUGGAGUGGUGCAUUCUGGGAAAUGCAGUGCCUUGUACUCUGAGGUGGAUGAAGGUGCCAGAAGGAAACAACACAGUGUUCCUACCUGCUGAAAAUUUCACAGCAGGUUGCAGGUAUACAUUCAAUAUUUAUGGAUGCACAGAAAAUGGACACAAGCUACUGGAGAUACAGAUGGGAUACGCAAAGGAGCUCAAAUCUGUACAGGCCCCACGUCUGGUUGAACCUGUUCAGAGCACUUCCUCAUCCGUGACGCUGGAGUGGCGUUACAAUGAAAACGAUCAGCCUGCGUUCAUCACUGGUUAUGUGGUUACAGUCCAGGAAGCAGGAUCUGAUAUGAAGCCUGGUCAGGAUGCAAAGCUGUUCAACAUGUCUGUGGCAGACCCCCUGAAGAAGUCUGUGACCAUAGAUGGUCUGCAGCAGAACCAGAAAUAUGCUUGCUCAGUGAGCGCUCUCACUAAGGAAGGUCCUGGGCUUCCGGCCAGCAUCACCAUCAGGACCAGAGGCAACUAUUCUGCUCAUUUGGCCAAGAUUCUGACUCCCAUCCUGUUACUGCUGUGCUGCACCAUUCUUCUGUGGCCCCAAAGAAAAAUGCUGAAGGAGAUAUUUGCUUAUCCUACUGGCAUGAACAUUAAAAUCCCUGAGUUCGACAGCUUCCUGAAUGAGACUGAUCAGAGACUACAUUCUCAGAAGGCAGAAGAGUGCAUCAGCUGUGUCAUUGAGAUUGUGAACACCAGACCUCCUCUGAUGGAAACAACCACACUGAUAGAGCCUGAGCCUGCAGACAUACUGUGCUCUCCUGGUUCUGAUUCCUCUCCUUCAUCCAUGGCACCGUCCUGUGAGCCGAUCCAAGCAGAUUACUGUCCACAGCCAGCCACUCUGCACUGGGACAGACCAACCCUUCCGCGAAUAACAAGCAUCACAAACAAGAGUUACGUAUACUCCAUGGUGGAGGGUUAUUCAGAACCACAAGAAGUCACUUCCAGUGAAAUCAAAUCCAGCUUCGAACCUUCUGAUUGUCUGCAGGAUUCAUGUGCUGUCAUAUAUGGUUAUAUAUCUAAUGUUACUUUAUAAGUAUACUGUAAAAAGCCUCUAAAAAAACAAAACAAAAACAGUAACGUUUCGGCAGGUGGAGCCCCCUGAAACUACUGUAAAAUUAGGGGAAAUAGCCAUCUCAUAAAAAAUACGGUAAUUUUCCAUAAUUAAAAUACACUUUCUAGCCUUAUUUUUAAAUGAGAUCGUAAGUAUUCUUUUGGGCUUUUGAGUAUGUGAUGUAAAACACAUUCAUUUGAUGUUUUUGUUGUAUAAUAUUCUGUAAUAAUACAAGAUAUCUGUUGUUUAACAAACAAAUCUAUGUAAAUUACAGAGAACCCAAUAUUUCUUUUUCUGUAAAUAGUCCAUAGUUGUGCCUCAUUUUAGAAAUACUUUAUAUGUACAGUAAUAAAAUUUAAUUAACUCAGCAUUAUCUAUUCAAUAAAAUCACAUACUUCUGAAAUUACUAUAAAUUAGCAUUUUAUGUAUUUUAAUAACAUUUUAUGUAAAAAAAAAAACUAUUUCAUUAUAGUUAUUCAGUCACUGAUGUUUAAUAUUAUUUUACAUUUGAUGAAUGUAAAUUUACACUCAUGUUUUAUAAUUUUAUGGAUAUUUCUGUGUAAUUUAAAAAUAGGGAAAAACGUAAAAUAUAAAGGAGGAAAUCUGUAAAAUUGCAGAUUUUUUAAAAUUAUACUGUUUACAAGACUAAAACUUCUACAACAUAUGUGUAAUUUCAAAAGUAUGAAUACUAUAAAUAGAUGCUUUGUUAAUUAGGCAUAAUGUGAGCCUUCUUUACAAUAUGUUUUGGAAGUUAUAGUACACUUAAAUGUGCUAUUUGCAUAUGGGAUUUGUUUGGAAAUAGUAGCUUUCAGAUUGCAUCAGCAGUUUCUACAGAAAACACACAGCAAGUCCCCCGGAGGAACAUUCGAAACAGCUCUGUGUUUGAAGUCCAAAAAUGAAUCUCAUGGUGCUUUUAUAUGUGAACGUGUUUACCAGAGAAGAAGAGGAACUCAGUGUAAAGAUUUUUGCUAAACUGUGAAGUAACUGAGAUGUUAUCUACAGGAUGUGACUGCUCACACUGAUAAGACAACUGAACUUAUGAAGCAGAUAGAGAAGACAGGAACAUGGUAGAAAGAUGCACAUCUCCUUUGACCUUUCAAACAUGCAACUCAGGCAGUAGGAGGAAGUUACUGAAAUGAAUCUGAACAUUUAUCUGAAUCGCUAUGAAAUCAUCGGGUGUAUAAACUUGACUUGUAGAGUUUCAAAUUCCUGUUGGUUCUCACUGGCAUUUGCUAUUCAGUAAAGAACACAAUUAUAGUAAAAUGGCUUUGGUAUAAGAGCAAUAAAAGGAAAUGUAUUUCUUUGUA